AUGGAUGGUUCAAGAUAUGUUGAUAUUUCUAAAAUGAGUUCCAAUGAAGAGAAAUUAGCUUUUAUUAGAAAUGUAAGUCGUUGUCGGUGUUGUUGUUCACUUGAAAAUAUUUUUAAUUUUAAUCAUAAUUUUUAA